UCACACCACUUUUGCGCGUUUUCCGCGACGGACACGUUUUCACGCGACUCGUCGUUUUGUUUUGGUUUAUUUGAUCUGGGUUGGGGUUUUUGGCAACUACUGACUUUCGUUUUUCUUUUCGGAGUAUUCAAGAUCACAGUGAAACCGUAUCGAGUUGUGGAUUUCUAUUUUAUUUUUGAGUGCGUGCGUCGUCGAUGCGAAGCCUACCGUCAAUCCGCAUUUGUAUUGAUUGUAAUCACAGAAAAAUCUACGGAUAUCGACUGUGGCGCUUGAUUUAGAGAAAUCAAUAAAUGGGAAAUCGUAUUCAGCCGGAAAUCGAAUCGAAGCGUGAAAUAAUCGUACAAAUCACUAUACCGCGCAGAAAUAUCGUCGGUAAUUCAUAGCUACAGCUGAACGAGUCAUAAAUCUUGACCAAGAAGGAAACCUCAACGGAGGUCGUUAAGCAGUGUGAAGACAAGGAAAGUUGCAGAACUGCAGUUCUGUGAAAUUUAAUACAUUUUUGUGUACCAAGAAUUUUCGCGUCACCCAGCGUGUGUGUGCCAGUGUAAAAAACGAUUGUGUUUGUGCAGGGUCGGGAAAAUUUAUGACUCCAAUGAUCAGACUAACAACAGAAGAAAGGAAAAUUGAAAUGAGAAAAUAGCUUUGACCUCGUCAAGAGGUGCUGAAAAGUGAGACGUGACCUCUGGGUGACUGGGAAUCAUAUCUUUCAUCCAUCGUAGCGGUGAAAAAAAGUUGAAACGAGUACCGAUCCAUCGGAAACUGCAGAGGAGAAACACUAUAAAUCAAGAUGAUUAAGGUCGACGAAAACUAUCCCGCUCAAGGUGCCUUCACUGACGUCUUAUACGGAAGCAGAGAUCUGGCACCAGCGUUUCCCUACCGGCAUGUUAACCUCAAGCAGAACGUUGAUCCCCGCCAGCAAUUCGACAUUCUGCCCGAACUAGGCCGGGGCACCUUCGGUACAGUUUUCCUGUGCCGAGAAAGGGAUACCGGAUUAGAGCUGGCGGCAAAAAUCGUCCCCUGCAAGAAGAAGAAAGAGCGAACCGAUGCCAUUCGGGAGAUUGACAUCAUGAGCUGUCUGCAUCAUCCGCGGCUGAUACAGCUGUACGAUGCAUUCGACUACGAAAAUAAAGUAUAUGUGAUACUAGAACUAGUCCAAGGCGGUGAACUAUUUGAACGCGUUAUAGACGACGACUUCGUGCUGACUGAGAAAGCGUGUGCCGUGUUUAUGAGGCAAAUCUGCGAGGGAAUGGAGUAUAUUCACAGCCGAAACAUAAUUCAUCUGGACAUGAAGCCAGAGAAUAUUCUAUGCUUGACAAAGACUGGAAACCGUAUAAAAAUAAUAGACUUUGGAUUUGCCAGGCGAUAUGAUCCGGAUAAAAAACUUCAAGUUAUGUUUGGAACAACCGAGUUCACAGCUCCCGAAGUACUAAACUACGAUGAAAUCUACUUUUACACGGACAUGUGGAGUUUGGGUGUGAUUUGCUACGUCCUACUUUCCGGGCUGUCGCCGUUCGUUGGCAACAACGACAUGGCCACGAUGAACAACGUCCUGCAGGGUCAGUACUCCUUUAAAUACAGUUCCUUUGAUGCCGUGUCCGAGGACGCCAAAGACUUCGUCCGCAAGCUGUUGGUUCGGGAUGGGUCCAAGCGGUUGACGGCCAAACAAGCACUCAAGCACAGGUGGCUCACCAAAACGGCUCAAAACACGACCGAACUAUCAAUAACGAAAACAAAAUUAAAACGUUAUGUUAUUAAGAAGCGGUGGAUCAAAGCGGUCAACACGAUCAUUGCCCUACGACGGAUGGGGGCCAGGAUCGACAUCGAUCUAGUUUAGGUACAAUCGAAGCUGGCGGAUUCGCACGCAGCACGAGGAAGACGGGUAAUGAUUAACGAGGGAUGAAACGAAACGCUUGACAUGGUUUCAAAACUAGCUAUUAAAUAGUGUUCAUCGUGUUCGUCAUUGUAUGUACACACUUUGUUUAUGUAUAUAUGUUCAACUCAUUAAACACACUGCGUUCCACAUGCAAACCACAUACUUUAAACAUCUGUCUAUAAAUGGCGAGAGAAUUAUUUUGGUAACUACUUCGUAUUUUAUUCAAAGGUUAGCCUUUUUUUAUUUAAUGAUCAAUUGUUGAUAUUUUUGCUUUUUUUCGAAUAAAGAUAUAAAAUUGGAAAUAUCAACGUUUAAACGGAGCCCCAGAAAUUCCCUGCUCGCCAGUGGAAAAUGUGCAUGUGUGCCUUCCAAACCUUCCAACGAUUUUUCGCUCAAUUUGCUGGUACAGGGCUAAACCGAUUUAAACUUUUCAGAUUCGAUUGAAAGGUAUUUCAAUAACAUUGAUCUAGUUCAAAGAUCAGAUGGCUGACACUUUCGGUUUCUGAGAUAUAAUGCCAUAAGCGACGUAACCGACAAUCUGCAUUGUUUCCCUUUUUAUAUAGAAAAACUAUGUAAUCACUAUGAAAUCCGACUUUUUAACUAAGGCCUGGAGGACCAAGUAAUUUCAUAUCAGUCGACUCAAUUCAUCGAGAUCGCAACAUGUCUGUGUAUGUGUGUGUGACAAAAAUGUGCACUCAAUUUUCCAGUUCUUACAAACUUCAAAUGAAAAGCCCCAUGAUCUCUACAACGCUUUUGAAUUUUAUCCGAGUUUGACUUCCGUUUCGGGAAAAACUUUCAAUUAGAAUUAGAACCGACAUCCAAUUCCAGAAUAUAUGGUUUGAGCGAUUUCAACAAACUUAGGAUCAAAUAAAUCUGAUCUCCGACUCCGACAUAACUGUGUAAUAAAUUUUUCAAAUCUCAUAGUCACUGGAAGCGACGAUGAUGACAUAUUUUUUUUUCUAAACUUUACUCAAAGCUUAUUCAUUUUGUAGAUUAUAUAGGUGAAUAUAUAGUGAUAUAGUGAAUGACCAACAGAAACGAGUUCUGCUAUAUCAAUCUCUAUUUCCCGGUUCAUAAAGUAUCGGUAUAAGUAGUCAAAAUGUUGACUUUGAGAACUUCAUGAAUUUCGUUUUGCAGUUUUUGGCCACAAGUGGAAACUAGGAUCCGGUAUAGCCAAAGUAAUCAUGAAAAGUGAAACGAAUUCCAUAAAAUUGACUAGUAAAUUUCUCUAGCUAGUAGAAAGAACUCAUUAAUUGAUGGCCAAAAAACUCACUUCACCUAUAUGCACACUUAAAUUUUUUAGCUGAGUCUCGGCAAAAAGACGCCGAGAUUCGCACAGCCGAGUAAUCAGCAAUUAUCUCGGCAAAAAUACAAUUACUGAUCGUCUCGGCAUCCUAAAAUUUGACAAACGUCAAAUAUUGCCGAAAUCGUCAGCGUAAGAUUUACUGUUUGCUCAGUGAAACGUUCACUGAAUAUUCGGCAAUCCAAUAAAACGAAAAAAGGAUAAAAAUAAAUUACCGAAUCAUCAGUAAUUAAAAAUCUAGUCAAUUAAUUUUGUUUGUAUUUUCUCAACAUUAUAAACACGCCAUUCAGGAUAAAAAAAAUCAUUUUAUUUACACUUAAACUGCCCAUACUUGCAUAUCAGUCCCAUAUGGAAAAUCGGCAUGUCGAGAAAAAGACGAUUAAAAUUUUAUUUUCAAAGUUUUUAAUUUAUUGUACUACCUAAUACUAAAUAUUACAUGAAAUAUCGGUAAUACACCUUUGCUAUUCCAAUAUUGCAACAAAUGAAAAUUUUAAAAAGUGCACUGAAUGGGACUGAUAUGCGGGUACUUUGCAUAUGGGACAGACAUGAGUUGAUAUCUUUUUCUCAUUUUACUGAACAAACCCUCAACUUUUAUUGAAAUUUCUAAGAGUAUAUUGAGGAUGGAUUGCAUUCCUCAAGCUAACUCAAUAUUAGCGAGAAUCGAUAUGGGACUGAUAUGCGAGUAUGGGCAGUAAAGGAGGCUUACAAAUUUGUUGCCAGUAGUGCUUAAAGCCUACCUGAAAACAUGUAGCAUAAAUAAAGCGGCGUUUCCAGAUGCGGCCACCUAGAGUCGAGCUGGAAAUAUGGAAAUAAAAAUAUAUGUAUAUUGAUUUUUGGCUUACAAAAAUGUUCAAUAUUUAAUGAUGCAUAUACGGUAUUGUUCAAAAAAUAAACUUACUUGGAUCUAUUGAAUUAUUCCAUGCAUUGGGUUAUUUUUUCGCAUAUCCCCCAGUUUUGUCUCGAGGACGCUUUGAGCCCCGUUUUGGGUGUUUUUCCCUCAUAAUCGCGAGUGCUCUGAUAAAGUCGCUUUUUAUAAAGCGAAACAUGUCACUAUAUUUAUUCAAUAUUUUUACUAGCAAGUGGUUCCACGCUUCUUCGAAGAUUAUCCAUUUUUUCACUCGAAAAUUUCAUUAGAAAAUAAUCGCACAAUGCGAAGCGAAAAUGUAACGCGGCAAUAAAUGACAGCUGUCGUGCUGAAUCUCGGCAACAGCUAGCGCAUAUUCCGAAAUCUCGGCAAACGUCUCUGCUGAUGUCGGCAUAUCUGUUGUUUACUGAUAAAUUCAGCAAGCAAUUAUUCCAAAUUUCGGCAAAGUGAAGCAUUUUACCGAAAUAUCAGUGAAUGCAUUUAACGAAGCUCAGAAACAUGCGUAUUGAUUACUGAGCAAUCAGCAAAUUUACGUGUUGCUGAUCAGUUUCGGCAUUUUACUAUGCCGAGCUCAAGAAAUGGAUUUAAGUGUGUGGGUUCUCGGUUUCGAAAGGACCGGGAAUAUUUGACCUUAUUUUGUACUAGGGCACAUACACGCUCGUUCAAUGUUACUCUAAAGUGAGUACAAUUUCACUCACUUUCGUUAAAAGUGGAACUACUUUAUAGUGAGUAAAGCUUGUUUACUCACCUUUGAGUAAAUAUGGUAUUUGUCAAAUUCUGAGUAACAUUUACUCAGUGCUACAAGUGGUAAAAUUAGCUCGAGUGAGUAAACAUUACUCAAUCAUUCGAAUUGAAUAAGGGAUUCGAAUAAGGAAUUCUUUGCUUUAAACAAAUACUGAAUUACUUCUAUCCAACGAAUAAAGGAAGCCGCUACCUGUUCAACGGUCACUGGAAAGGAUCCGUCUGCCUUCCUCCGUUCCGCCUCCGACAAAGGGAAAAGUUCCGCCUCCGACAAAGGGAAAAGUUCAGUGAACGUAAAUUUUCACACAACAUUUUCAAAGCUCUGUGAGUAAAACUUGUUGUCAAUUUAGAAACUGAGUCGAUUUUACUCAUUCUUCUAAAUCAAUAUUACUCACUUUUUGACAUUUGAACUAAAUGAGCAAAAGUGAGUAUAAAUAACUCACUUGAGAAUAACAUUGAAUGAGCGUGUAACCAAUUUAAUUAUCUUUACGCUUUGUCUUAGACUUGUCAGUACAUAACUGUAAUGUUGACCUGUUAUGCUACCUGCAGUUCGACAAAAACCGGCAAGCAAACGUUAAGUUAUUGCUAUUUGCAAUACAUUCAUAAUAAUUUAUUAUUCAUGUUACAUUUAUCAAUCGACCUUAUAACCAAUAAUCGAUCAAUCGAUAAUAAAUAAUCGAUAAAUCAAUGCUUAUUAUUGAAUUAAUCGAUAUUACCUACAACAUACUUCUGAUAUCCAAUAUUGAAUAAUCGAGUAUUCAACGUAGAAUAAUUGAAUAUUCAUAUUUAGACAGUUUAACAUUUGCGCUCAGAUAAUUUAUAAUAUCGGCUAAUCAAUAAUUUUACAUCGAUUAUGUUAUAGCCAUUAAUCGAUAAUUAAACAAAACGAAUGAAAAUUGAAUAAUCAAGAGUUCAAUUGUGAUGGAUCGGUAAUUAAACAUCGAAUAUUUCAUCAUUCGAUCACUAAUUAACGAUUUGUUUAGAUCAAAUAAUCAAUCAUUGGAAUCGAUAUCAUUUUUUUGGUAUCGGUUGUUUCUAGUCAAAUAAUCAA